AUGAAUCAUUUAGUAAAAGAUAAUCUGGUUGAUUUGAACUCAAAAUUAACAGAUGAAAAUUAGAGAUUAUCAUUAGUUGUAUUUGGUCUCCAACGAUAAUUGGAGAAAGCAGCAGUUCAAAUAACUUAUGCUUAAUAAUUAGAAGAGAGGUUAGAAAUACUAUAAUUUGAAUUAAUAUAGCUGAGAAGAGACAAUCAAAACCUAUAAGAAUAAUUAUAACAUAUUAGUUAAUCAUCAAUAUCAAUAGAAAAAGAACAGACUUUUAAAUAAGAGAUAGAAGAUAUAAAAAUACAGUAUGAAUAGAAGUUAUAAGUAUUGUUUAAAGAGAAUAAGAGACUUAAUAGAAUAAAUAAAGAUUUACAUAAUAAAUAGAUUAAUAACAUAGAGACUUAAGCUUCAAAAUUAAUGGAAUUAAGUGUUGAAUUGAAAAACAAAUUAGAAAGUUUUGGAUAGUAACCCUAAUCAAUAAAUUAAUCAAUAAUAAGUCCAAAAGUAGUUACAAAGUAGAUAUAUGAAAAUCUCAUUUAAUAGCUAACACAAAGUAGCGGAGAAGAGAAAACAUUUCGAACAACUCAGUACUGAAUUUACUUAAUAUUAGGCCAAAGAGAUUGCCAGUAUUAUAAAUUAAAGAAGCUAAAUAACCAAAUAACAAUUCCUAAAAAAAUUUUGCAGUAAUUCCAUAUAUUUCCCACCUUUAUAAUGCAAAAUGAGAAAUUAAAUGUAC